UACUUCAUGAAAAUCAGUUCUGUGACUUUAGGACUCUUCUACUUACCCUAGAAAAGCCUUGCUAUGAUCAGUAUCAUUUUAUGCAACAAAUGGGCCAUUGAAUGGGAGCUGGAACAUUUUCUGAACAUUUUAUUGGUUCAAAAUGAAGGACGAAGGUGCUCAAACUAUUUAAAUUCCAUGAGGCAUUACUGGGAGUGUUCUCUCUCCUCAGACUCCCGCCCUCCUGUGAGUGCUGCUGGCAAGGCCUCUUCAUGGAGAAAGCCUGCACUGCUCCUCCUCCUAAUCCUGUGCUGUCUCUUACUGGCUGCUGCCAUCACCUCCCUGGCUGUCUAUUACUCUAGAACUAUAGAAGACCCUGGGAAAUAUACCAGGCUGUCCACAAAUUAUUCAUCAUUGCUGAAUCAACUCCAGCACUGGAACAGUGACUACAGCAACCUCAACAAUAACCAUUCUGAGCUUCAGAAUAACUACAACAAGCUGACUGAAUCUCAUUCUGAGCUUCAGAGUAACUACGACAAGCUCAAUGAAUCUCAUUCUGAGCUUCAGAGUAACUAUGACAAGCUCAAUGAAUCUCAUUCUGAGCUGCAGAGUAACUAUUUAAGGCUGAUUGAAUCUUAUUCUGAGCUCCACAGUAACUUUAGCAAGCUUUCUGGACUGCAGAGUAACUACAAGAAGCUCAGUGAAUCUCAUUCUGAGCUGCAGAGUAGCUACAAGAAGCUCAGUGAAUCUCAUUCUGAGCUUCAGAGUAACUAUUUAAGGCUGAAUGAAUCUUAUUCUGAGCUCCACAGUAACUAUAGCAAGCUUUCUGGACUGCAGAGUAACUACAAGAAGCUCAGUGAUUCUCAUAGAGUAACUAUUUAAGGCUGAAUGAAUCUUAUUCUGAGCUCCACCGUAACUAUAGCAAGCUUUCUGGACUGCAGAGUAACUACAACAACCUCAAUGAAUCUCAUUCUGAGCU